AUGGAAUCGAGAUUACGCAAACAGCUAGGUCUAGUUAGGUGUUUAUCUAAUUCCGAUAUCGAAAUUAACAAGACCAAGGAAGAGGUAUUAGACAUGCGCAAAAGGUGGAAGAGUAUUGAUGCUGAGAACUAUAAGAAUGUUAGAUUACCUUUGGUGUUUAGGGGGAUAUUACCUUAUGGGAGGUAUGAGCAGAGAGAUUUGGGUAUUACUGGAGCUACAAGGCCUUUCUACGUUCCAGCUAUUACCUAUGAAGUUGAAUCUCACUGGAUAUCAUCGUUAUUCAAAGACGACCCUUUCUUCAACCUGCCAAAAAGCAAGAAAGAAUGUCUGGAAGAGAUCAAGGCAGAUAACAAUUUCACACGAGCUAGAUACCCAGGAAUUGAUCCUUAUGAAUGUAUACCCUCCGGUACUUACUUUUCAGGAUUCAACGAUCUCUCCUAUACACGUGUACUGCUGCGAGAUAUGUCUUUGGACCCCUGGAGGCAGAAAUCGAAUGCACGUUGGUGGAAAUUCUGGGGUAACGAAAAGGGGUGGUUGGACGUUCGGGUCAAUCCUGAACAAUAUGCUACUUUAGGUGAAGAGAGGAGGAUGUUGAGAGAGAAGACUCAAUGA